AAGAGUCCUGAAGAUGGGAACUAGGCUAGAAGCAGGAACGACAGCAGAACUGGGGUCCAGGGAGAAUGCAAAAGCAACAGAAUCAGGAACAGCCCUGAGACUUGGAGAACUGGAGCUAAAGGAAGAAUGGCAAGAUGAAGAGUUCCCUAGAUUGCUUCCUGAGGAGUCAGGCUCUUCUGGGAAUCCUGAAAGAGACUCACAGGCAGGUACCCCCAGCACUCUAGCCCUGUGUGGCCAACGCCCUAUGCGUAAGCGUCUUUCUGCUCCAGAAUUGCAGCUGAGCCUUACUGAGGAAUCUGGAGAAAGUGGAGCUUCUCCCUCCCACUCUGCAUCUUCUUCUUCUGAUGGCAGUUUGGACCUGGAGAUAGAUGAACUGGAAACACCUUCAGACUCUGAACAGCUGGACGGUGGACAUGAAUUUGAAUGGGAAGAUGAUCUGCCCCGGGCAGAAGGCCUGGUGGCCAGUGAGGCAGCUGAAAGGCUGGGCCGGGGCUGUGUGUGGGAUGUGGCUGGUGAAGAUGGUCAUCGCUGGAGAGUGUUCCGAACAGGACAGCAAGAGCAGCGAGUGGACAUGACCAUCAUUGAACCUUAUAAGAAAAUCCUGUCUCAUGGAGGUUACCAUGGUGAUGGCCUCAAUGCUGUCAUCCUCUUUGCUUCCUGUUACCUACCCCAAAGCAGCAUCCCCAACUACACCUACAUCAUGGAACACUUGUUUAGGUAUAUGGUGGGAACUUUAGAGCUGCUGGUAGCUGAAAAUUAUCUGCUUGUUCAUUUGAGUGGAGGCACAAGCAGGGUCCAAGUGCCACCGCUGAGCUGGAUACGCCAGUGUUAUCGUACCUUGGAUAGGAGGCUCCGAAAAAACCUGCGUGCUCUGGUGAUUGUCCAUGCUACAUGGUAUGUGAAGGCAUUCCUGGCACUGCUUCGGCCCUUCAUCAGUUCCAAAUUCACACGAAAGGUCCGUUUUCUGGAUAGCCUUGAGGAGCUGGCCCAACUCAUCUCCCUGGAUCAAGUCCACAUUCCUGAAGCUGUCAGACAGCUGGACAAGGAUCUCCAUGGCUCAAGAGGCACCUAGCACCAAACUGGACAAAGGGC